AGUCGGUGUUGCAGGGAUGCGGCGGCGGGAGCAGCCGCCCUGACUCGCGGAGCAUCCUCCUCGGAGAGGCACCGCGGCGGGGCCGGCGGGCGGGCGGGGACGCGGCGGGGAGCGAGAGAGGCGCGAGGCGGCGGACACUGCUGGUCCUGGCUCUGCCACCCGCCGGAGACGGGGCGGCCCUUAGCUCUGAUCCCCACCCUCCAGCUCCUGGCGCCCCCAGACCCAGGCAUCCCUCUCCCAUCUUCUGUCCGAGCCCGCAGCGGGGGAGGGGCGCCGCCGCCGCCGCCACCCAAGGAAAGCCCGCACGUGGGCCUCUGCGCGCCUUGCCCCGAGGCCGGGCUCAUGGCACUGUGAGCCGGCGAGGUAGCCCCGCUCGGCGCAGGGGGCGCCCGGCCCCCUCCCCGCCCCAUGAGCCCGCGGCUCUGAGGCCUGAGCGGGGCCGGGGGCCGGGCGGGGCCGGGGCCGCCAGAGGCAUGGCGCCCGGGAGUCGGUGGCGGCCGCCACCGCCGCUGCUGCUGCUGUUGCUGCUGCUGGCGCUGGUGCCGGGCGCGGACGGCCUGGAGUUCGGUGGCGGCCCAGGGCAGUGGGCUCGCUACGCGCGCUGGGCGGGCGCGGCGAGCAGCGGCGAGCUCAGCUUCAGCCUGCGCACCAACGCCACGCGCGCGCUGCUGCUCUACCUGGACGACGGCGGAGACUGCGACUUCCUGGAGCUGCUGCUGGUGGAUGGGCGCCUGCGGCUGCGCUUCACGCUCUCGUGCGCCGAGCCGGCCACACUGCAGCUGGACACUCCGGUGGCCGACGACCGCUGGCACAUGGUGCUGCUGACCCGCGACGCGCGGCGCACGGCGUUGGCAGUGGACGGCGAGGCCCGCGCCGCCGAGGUGCGCUCCAAGCGGCGCGAGAUGCAGGUGGCCAGCGACCUGUUCGUGGGCGGCAUCCCGCCCGACGUGCGCCUCUCGGCGCUCACGCUCAGCACAAUCAAAUACGAACCGCCCUUCCGCGGCCUUCUGGCCAACCUGAAGCUGGGCGAGCGGCCCCCUGCGCUGCUGGGCAGCCAGGGCCUGCGCGGCGCCGCCGCCGACCCGCUGUGCGCGCCCGCGCGCAACCCCUGCGCCAACGGCGGCCUCUGCACCGUGCUGGCCCCAGGCGAGGUGGGCUGCGAUUGCAGCCACACGGGCUUCGGCGGCAAGUUCUGCAGCGAAGAGGAGCACCCCAUGGAAGGUCCGGCUCACCUGACGUUAAACAGCGAAGUAGGGUCCUUACUGUUCUCCGAGGGGGGGGCCGGGAGAGGAGGAGCCGGCGAUGUGCACCAGCCAACAAAAGGCAAGGAGGAGUUUGUGGCGACCUUCAAAGGCAAUGAGUUCUUCUGCUACGACCUGUCACACAACCCGAUCCAGAGCAGCACUGAUGAGAUCACGCUGGCCUUCCGCACCCUGCAGCGCAACGGGCUGAUGCUGCACACGGGCAAGUCGGCCGACUACGUCAACCUGUCCCUCAAGUCUGGGGCCGUCUGGCUGGUCAUCAACCUAGGCUCAGGUGCCUUCGAGGCCCUUGUGGAACCUGUCAACGGCAAGUUCAACGACAACGCCUGGCACGAUGUCCGGGUUACCCGAAACCUGCGCCAGCACGCAGGGAUUGGACACGCUAUGGUAAACAAACUGCAUUAUCUGGUGACCAUCUCGGUGGACGGGAUCCUGACCACCACAGGCUACACGCAGGAGGAUUACACCAUGCUGGGCUCUGACGACUUCUUCUACAUUGGGGGCAGCCCCAACACAGCCGACCUGCCGGGCUCGCCCGUCAGCAAUAACUUCAUGGGCUGCCUCAAGGACGUGGUCUAUAAGAACAACGACUUCAAGCUGGAACUAUCCCGCCUGGCCAAGGAAGGGGACCCCAAGAUGAAGCUGCAGGGAGAUUUGUCAUUCCGCUGUGAGGAUGUGGCUGCCCUGGACCCCGUGACCUUUGAGAGUCCUGAGGCCUUUGUGGCACUGCCUCGCUGGAGCGCCAAGCGCACUGGCUCCAUCUCCCUAGACUUCCGCACCACGGAGCCCAAUGGGCUGCUGCUCUUCAGCCAGGGCCGGCGGGCUGGGGCUGGGGCUGGGGCUGGGGCCGGUGGCCACAGCUCCGCCCAGCGGGCUGACUACUUCGCCAUGGAGCUGUUGGACGGCUACCUCUAUCUUCUGCUGGACAUGGGCUCUGGGGGCAUCAAGCUGCGGGCGUCCAGCCGCAAGGUCAAUGAUGGCGAGUGGUGCCAUGUGGACUUCCAGAGAGACGGGCGCAAAGGCUCUAUCUCGGUGAACAGCCGCAGCACACCGUUCCUGGCCACUGGGGAGAGCGAGAUCCUGGACCUGGAGAGCGAGCUGUACCUGGGCGGUCUCCCUGAGGGGGGGCGGUUGGAUCUGCCCCUGCCCCCAGAGGUGUGGACGGCGGCGCUCCGGGCUGGCUACGUGGGCUGUGUGCGGGAUCUCUUCAUAGACGGGCGUAGCCGAGACCUGAGGGGCCUGGCCGAGGCACAGGGGGCUGUGGGUGUCGCCCCAUUCUGCUCCCGGGAGACACUGAAGCAGUGUGCUUCAGCCCCCUGUCGCAACGGGGGCAUCUGUCGAGAGGGCUGGAACCGCUUCGUCUGUGACUGCAUCGGGACCGGCUUUCUGGGGAGAGUCUGUGAGAGAGAGGCCACGGUCCUGAGCUAUGAUGGCUCCAUGUACAUGAAGAUCAUGCUGCCUAAUGCCAUGCACACGGAGGCAGAGGAUGUGUCCCUACGUUUCAUGUCCCAGCGGGCCUAUGGACUCAUGAUGGCCACCACCUCCAGGGAGUCUGCCGACACCCUGCGCCUCGAGCUGGAUGGGGGGCAGAUGAAGCUCACUGUCAACCUUGACUGCCUGCGCGUCGGCUGCGCACCCAGUAAAGGCCCAGAGACACUCUUUGCGGGGCACAAGCUCAAUGACAAUGAGUGGCACACGGUGAGGGUAGUGCGGCGUGGCAAAAGCCUGCAGCUGUCUGUGGACAACGUGACUGUGGAAGGACAGAUGGCAGGAGCCCAUACGCGACUGGAGUUCCACAACAUUGAGACGGGUAUCAUGACGGAGCGGCGAUUCAUCUCCGUGGUGCCCUCCAACUUCAUUGGGCACCUGAGCGGGCUGGUGUUCAAUGGCCAGCCCUACAUGGAUCAGUGCAAGGAUGGCGACAUCACCUACUGUGAGCUCAAUGCUCGCUUUGGCCUGCGUGCCAUCGUGGCCGAUCCUGUCACCUUCAAGAGUCGAAGCAGCUACCUGGCACUCGCCACGCUCCAAGCCUACGCUUCCAUGCAUCUCUUCUUCCAGUUCAAGACCACGGCCCCUGAUGGGCUUCUCCUGUUCAACUCGGGCAACGGCAAUGACUUCAUUGUCAUCGAGCUGGUCAAGGGGUACAUCCACUACGUGUUUGACCUGGGGAAUGGCCCGUCCUUGAUGAAGGGGAACUCAGACAAACCAGUCAAUGACAACCAGUGGCACAACGUGGUGGUGUCCAGGGACCCAGGCAACGUGCACACGCUCAAGAUUGACUCCCGCACUGUCACGCAGCACUCCAAUGGCGCCCGAAACCUCGAUCUCAAAGGGGAGUUGUACAUUGGCGGUCUGAGCAAGAAUAUGUUCAGCAACCUGCCCAAGCUGGUGGCCUCCCGGGAUGGCUUUCAGGGCUGCCUGGCCUCCGUGGACCUCAAUGGGCGCCUCCCAGACCUCAUUGCUGACGCCCUGCACCGCAUCGGGCAGGUGGAGAGGGGCUGUGACGGCCCCAGCACCACCUGCACCGAAGAGUCCUGUGCCAACCAGGGCGUCUGCUUGCAGCAGUGGGAUGGCUUCACCUGUGACUGCACCAUGACUUCCUAUGGAGGCCCUGUCUGCAACGACCCUGGGACCACAUACAUCUUUGGGAAAGGGGGAGCGCUCAUCACCUACACGUGGCCCCCCAAUGAUCGGCCCAGCACGAGGAUGGACCGCCUGGCCGUGGGCUUCAGCACCCACCAGCGGAGCGCUGUGCUGGUGCGGGUGGACAGUGCCUCCGGCCUUGGAGACUAUCUGCAGCUGCACAUUGAGCAGGGCACCGUGGGGGUGAUCUUUAACGUGGGCACGGACGACAUUACCAUCGACGAACCCAACGCCAUCGUAAGCGACGGCAAAUACCACGUGGUGCGCUUCACUCGAAGCGGCGGCAACGCCACCCUGCAGGUGGACAGCUGGCCGGUCAACGAGCGGUACCCAGCAGGAAACUUUGAUAACGAGCGCCUGGCGAUUGCUAGACAGAGAAUCCCCUACCGGCUUGGUCGAGUAGUAGAUGAGUGGCUGCUCGACAAAGGCCGCCAGUUGACCAUCUUCAACAGCCAGGCUGCCAUCAAGAUCGGGGGCCGGGAUCAGGGCCGCCCGUUCCAGGGCCAGGUGUCCGGCCUCUACUACAAUGGGCUCAAGGUGCUGGCGCUGGCCGCCGAGAGCGACCCCAAUGUGCGGACCGAGGGCCACCUGCGCCUGGUGGGGGAGGGGCCGUCUGUGCUGCUCAGUGCAGAGACCACGGCCACCACCCUGCUGGCUGACAUGGCCACCACCAUCAUGGAGACCACCACCACCAUGGCCACGACCACCACGCGCCGGGGCCGCUCCCCCACGCUGAGGGACAGCACCACCCAGAACACAGAUGACCUCCUGGUGGCCUCGGCCGAGUGUCCGAGUGACGAUGAGGACCUGGAGGAGUGUGAGCCCAGUACUGGAGGAGAGUUAAUAUUGCCCAUUAUCACGGAGGACUCCUUAGACCCCCCUCCCGUGGCCACCAGGUCCCCCUUCGUGCCCCCACCCCCCACCUUCUACCCCUUCCUCACGGGCGUGGGCGCCACCCAAGACACGCUGCCCCCGCCCGCGGCCCGCCGCCCGCCCUCCGGGGGCCCGUGCCAGGCUGAGCGGGACGACAGCGACUGCGAGGAGCCCAUCGAGGCCUCGGGCUUCGCCUCGGGGGAGGUCUUUGACUCCAGCCUCCCCCCUACGGACGACGAGGACUUUUACACCACCUUCCCCCUGGUCACGGACCGCACCACCCUCCUGUCACCCCGCAAACCCGCUCCCCGGCCCAACCUCAGGACAGAUGGGGCCACGGGUGCCCCUGGGGUGCUGCUCGCCCCCUCCGCCCCGGCCCCCAACCUGCCGGCGGGCAAAAUGAACCACCGAGACCCGCUGCAGCCCCUGCUGGAGAACCCGCCCCCAGGGCCCGGGGCCCCCACGUCCUUCGAGCCGCGGAGGCCCCCUCCCCUGCGCCCGGGCGUGACCUCAGCCCCCGGCUUCCCCCAUCUGCCCACAGCCAACCCCACGGGGCCUGGGGAGCGGGGCCCGCCGGGCGCAGUGGAGGUGAUCCGGGAGUCCAGCAGCACCACGGGCAUGGUGGUGGGCAUCGUGGCGGCGGCUGCGCUCUGCAUCCUCAUCCUCCUCUACGCCAUGUACAAGUACCGCAACCGCGACGAGGGCUCCUAUCAGGUGGACCAGAGCCGGAACUACAUCAGUAACUCGGCCCAGAGCAACGGGGCAGUGGUGAAAGAGAAGGCCCCGACUGCCCCCAAGACGCCCAGCAAGGCCAAGAAGAACAAAGACAAGGAGUAUUACGUCUGAGCCCCCGGCACCGCGCCCCACUGCCAUCUGCCCCUCCCGGGAGGACCCGGGAGGAGGGUGCGGCCCUCUCCCUGCCGGGGGCCUGGGAACCCUCUCCCUGGCUGCCUCAGGCUUCUCUCACGAAGAGGAAAAGCAAAAAAAGAAAAGGAACAACCCCGUACUCGUCCCCUUCCUCCUGCCGCCUGCCUGCGCCUGCGGCCGGCAUCUCAGUCCUGGGGCUGACUGUCCCUCUCAGCCCUGCGCCCGCCAGGCAGGGCACGUGCUCACAGCCCUGGGUUGAUUUAUUUUUUUAAGGGGGGUAGUUUUAUUUUGGUGGGGUUGGGCGGGAAGGAAGGCUGGGGGUUUUGUAAAGUGUCCACUACUCGUCCUGUUAAUUUUCCUCAGUUUUUCUUCCUCCCUCUGUCCCUCCUGCCUUCCUUCUCCACCCAAGCCCUCCAGCCCCCAUCCCAGGCUUGCUGUCUCUGUCCCCACCCUCCUUCUCCACUUCUCCUUUUUGUGUGUGUCUGGUUUCUCCCUUCCCUUCCUCCCUUUGGGUUUCCAGAGUUGGUGGGGGAAGGGUGGGAGGGUGGGCCCAGUGGGCGGUCAGGGCAUGGUGGGGCAGGGGGCUGUCCCCAGUGCCCCAAGUCUCCUCACCAGGAGUGGCGCUGCCUGGUGCCGCCGGGGAAGGGGCUCAGGCUGAAGGCCUGUUCUGUGUGUGCUGCCGGGCGACGUGCAUUGAUGGGAAGCUGCUGGAGGAGCAGGGGUGGGGGGCGGGGGGCGGGAAAGGCAAAUGCAGAUAUAUAUUAAAGACAAAUACUCUAGAUACCACGAGCAGUGGCCUGCGGGACCUGUUGGGCACGGGCAGCAGGGAAGAGGAAGCGAGGCAUUGUCCGAGGACUGCUGGGGUCAUUCUCUGCCCACAGGCUCCCUGCUCCCCCAGUUUUUUUCUCUCUUUGUUAACAAAUGUGUCCAAGUCUUGGAAAACACCCCAACCCCAGAAAUGUGUGGGAAAAAGAAAACAAAAACUUUCCAAAUUC